AUGGGAGACGGAACUGAGGUUGGGGUUAGGCCACAUGUGGAAGAAAAGAAGAAGCUUGCAGAUGAUAGAAUUAGCGAUGAGAAAGUAGAGAAGAAUGAGUUUUUGGGAUCUGAUGAAGCGAGGGAUAACAAAGAUGAGGUCUUUGAGGAAGCAACUGGUUCACAGAAUGAUGAGCAAGAGGAUUUACAUGUAGAGGAAGCUCCAGAAAGUUCCAAAGAUGAGCAAGAUGAAGUUGAGGAUUUUGAAGAGGCUGUUGGUGAUUUGGAUGAAACAAGGAGCAACGAAGGAGGAGUAAAAGAAGAUUUUAAGGUUGAUUAUCCGGUUAACGUGGAUCAGGAAACUGCGGGAGAGGGUGAAACUGAUUCUGUGACUCCUCAAAUGAAUGGUGUUAAUGGAGAAGCAGGUGCGGAAAAUUCUUAUGGUCAGAUUGAAUCAAGCUCGGAUGUUGUUGAGAACACUGACAAGGCUAAUGCUAGUGGUUCCGUUUUAGCUGCUGAAGAUGUGAAUAUGGAAGAUGGAAAUGGUCAUUCUUUUUCGGAGAAUGGAAUUGUCUCUCCUGAGAAUGAAGAACAGGUGGGUGAUGCUAUCUCAAAAACUGUUGAGCCUGAGGAAUUUGGGAAUGAUGGCAUUGAAGUUGAUAAUUCGGAGGAAAGAGUUGAUGCGUCAUCUGGCAUACAAACAGAACAGGAGGUUGAGGAAGGUGAAGAAACAAAUAAGAAUCUCUCCGAGAAGGGUUUGGUACCUCUAGACAAUGAGUCUGAAACGAAAACAAAUGGUGGGACUGGUGCGGACUCCAGAAGUAAUAUUGUUGAUGCUUCAGGUGAAAAUUCCUUGGAUGAUAGAAUUGAAUUGGCUGAAGUGUCUGAAGAAACAGAGACAAUGAUCGGAGAUGAGAAGCAGGAAAAAGAUGAUGACAUGACUCAUUUGGUGGAGGAUGUGGAGACCCAUGGAGACUCUUCAAUAGCUGUUGUUGAGGAAGGGAAGGAUCAUGAAGAGAUGGGAAUGAAAGAAAUGACAGAAACACAGGACGAGACUGUUAUGAAUAAUGCUUCAGGUGAAAAUUCCUUGGAUGAUAGAAUUGAAUUGGCUGAAGUGUCUGAACAAACAGAGACAAUGGUCGGAGAUGAGGAGCAGGAAAAAGAUGAUGACAUUACUGAUUUGGAGGAAACCCGAGAACUAUCUGAGGAACUGACUAAAGUAGAGGAAACAAAGAUUACUGAAACAGAGACAAUGAUCGGAGAUGAGGAGCAGGAAAAAGAUGAUGGCAUGACUGAUUUGGCGGAGGAUGUGGAAACCCAUGGAGACUCUUCAACAGCUGUUGUUGAGGAAGGGAAGGAUCAUGAAGAGAUGGGAAUGAAAGAAAUGACAGAGACACAGGAGGAGACUGUUAUGAAUAAAGUAGACGAAACCAAAGUUGCUGAAAUGUCAGAAGAGACCGAGACAAGGACCGAAGAUGAGGAUGAGGUCCAUGAGGAGAAUGAUGAAGACAUGACUGAUGUGGCGGAGGAUGUGGAAACGCGUGGAGACUCCUCAGUAGCGGAUAUUGAGGAGGGGAGUGAAAAUAAUGAAGAGAUGGAAGUGACUGAUCUAACAGAGACACAAGAGGAGAGUGUUGCUGGAACGGGUGAUGACGAGCCAGAGGAAGAUGAAGAAAAAACUAAGACUGCUGGAGGAAAGAGGAAGCGGGAGAAAAAUGCGAAAACAGUGAAAGGGACGGGAAAGAAGAAAGAGGAAGAUGUUUGUUUCAUGUGCUUUGAUGGGGGUGACCUUGUCCUUUGUGACCGCAGGGGAUGCCCAAAAGCUUACCACCCUUCCUGUGUAGGUCAUGAUGAGGCUUUCUUCCGUUCAAAGGGUAAAUGGAACUGUGGAUGGCACCAGUGUAGCAAAUGUGAGAAACCUGCAACGUACUUGUGUUAUACAUGUAUGUUUUCCUUAUGCAAAGGCUGCGCCAAGGAUGCUGCCUUCUUUUGCUUAAGAGGCAAUAAAGGUUUGUGUGAGACAUGCAUGGGGACAGUCAAGUUGAUAGAAAGAAAGGAGCAGGAAAAGAAGGAGCCGGCGCAGUUGGAUUUUGAUGACAAGACCAGCUGGGAAUAUCUCUUCAAGGAUUACUGGAUUGAUUUGAAAACCCAGCUAUCUUUAACUCCAGAGGAACUUGAUCAGGCUAAGAGCCCACAGAAAGGAAUUGAGUCCCAUGCUGGUAAACAGGGAGCAGCUAGGGAGACGGACUAUGGUACUGAUGGAGGAUCAGAUUCAGAUAGUUCUCCAAAAAAGAGGAAGACCAGGAGUCGAUCCAAGUCUGGUUCUGCUGUGAAAUCCCUAUCACCAGCCAAUAAAAGCUCGUCAGGUGAAAUUGUGGAGUGGGCUUCCAAGGAGCUUUUGGAUGUGGUUGGGCACAUGAGACGUGGUGACAGAUCUUUCUUACCUCACUCAGAAGUACAUGUGCUCCUGCUGGAUUAUAUAAAAAGAUAUAAUCUUCGUGAUCCCCGUCGUAAAAGCCAGGUUCUUUGCGACUCCAGGCUUCAGAAUUUGUUCGGAAAAUCACAUGUUGGGCACUUUGAGAUGUUAAAUCUCCUCGAUGCCCAUUUUCUUAAAAAGGAGCAACAACAGGCAGAUGAUAUUCAAGGUAGCAUUGUUGAUACAGAACCUGAUGAUGUGGAUGUCGAUGAAAACUUGGACCAUCCAGUGAAAAGUGGGAAGGAUAAGAAACGUAAAGCACGUAAAAAGGGUGCCAGGAAAGGGCGUCAAUCUAAUCUUGAUGAUUUUGCUGCUGUUGAUAUGCACAACAUUAAUUUGAUAUACUUAAGGCGGAGCUUGGUGGAAGAUCUACUUGAAGAUUCUACAGCAUUUGAAGAAAAAGUAGCUAGUGCAUUUGUUAGGCUAAGGAUAUCUGGGAAUCAAAAGCAAGAUUUAUAUCGACUGGUUCAAGUUGUUGGCACAAGCAAAGCACCCGAGCCCUAUAAAGUUGGCAAAAAAACAACAGACUUUGUACUUGAGAUAUUGAACUUGGACAAAACAGAAGUGAUAAACAUCGACAUUAUAUCAAAUCAAGAUUUCACCGAGGAUGAAUGCAAGCGGCUAAAGCAGAGUAUAAAAUGUGGAUUAAUCAACAGGCUGACAGUGGGUGAUAUACAAGAAAAGGCCAUUGCGCUGCAGGAAGUGAGAGUCAAAAACUUGCUGGAUGCAGAGAUCCUUCGUGUUGGUCAUUUGCGUGAUCGAGCUAGUGACAUGGGCCGCAGAAAAGAAUAUCCUUACCUGUUGAAACUUAUGAGUUUUUUUUUUGGGUCAAAAUGA